AUGGAAAAAGAUCAACCACCAGGUGUUAUCAGCGUAGAUCCUGACAAGUUUCAAGAAUUGAAGAGAAAAUUGAUUGAGUUGUUCAACUUUAAAGAAGAAAUUCAAUCCAUUGAAAUAACAUCAUCAAAUGGGAAUGUCAAUAUUCAUCUAUUAGAAACUAGUGUUCCAAGUUAUGAAUUGAAGUUUUUCUAUGCAACCAGUUCUUUCAAAACAACUUUUUGUAAUCAAAUUGAAAUUGUUAAUAGAAACAAGUCUUCAAAUACGAAACGAAAACGAAUUGAAAAAGUGUCAGUUGCAUUAAUUGACUUUAAAUUCCCAACCUUAACCUCAUUGGAGAUUUAUGGAUCGGAUUAUACAGCAAUAGAUGCUGCUAUUAGAGAACAAAGAAGAAAUAAUAUUACAAUAGGAAAAAUCAUUAAUGAGAUGGGAUGUAAGAUGGUUAUUUCUCUAUUUGAAAAUGAACAACUAGUUUCAAAAUUAUUUGAUAAAUUUGGGAUAAUUUACCAAGAAGGAAUUAGCAGACAAGAUUUGGAGAAAUUGGCAAAUGUAUUAAAUGGAGAAAUUAUUUCAGAUUACCAACAUUUGAGAAGUUUUAAAUGUGGAUUUGCAGAUUCAGCUGAAUUGACUGAAGAUAAUAAUAUUGUAAUAUCAAUUAUUGAAAAUACGCCAAAUGUUUACAAAGAUAUUGGAAUUUUAUUUAGAAAUGGAGAGACAAUAAUUGAAGUUACUGCCAUAGUUGCUUCCUAUCUAACACUCAAGGAGUUGUUCUACUUGUCAAUGACCUUCAAAGGCAUGUAUCGAUCAUUUCUCGAUGAGGAACAUUUCAAAAAGAAUCCAGACGAGUAUCAUGUUGAUUUGAUUCAAAAUACAAUUUGGAAACCAAUGGUGUUGUUCUAUUUCCCACGAUUUCAACAGAGUUUGAAUGUGAAAAAUUGGAUGAUUGUUAUGAAACGAAGAAUUCAACAUUUACAAAUUCAUUCACCAACAAGUUUACCACUUGUGAGAGAAAUUUUGAGAACAAUAGAUCCAAAAACAGAUGAAAAAUUUAAAAUUCCUAAACCAUCCUUUUCUGUAAAAAAACAAGAAUCAUUUAUAGAAAAUUGUGAAUGGAUUUUCGAGUGCCCUAUGAAAUAUUCUGAAUUGGAACGAAUUGACUAUGCUGAUGAAAAGAGAUUUUGUACAAAAUGUAAAAAGCAUGUCUUUAGGGCAGAAACAAUGCAAAAUUUUAAACAAAUUAUUCAGGAAGGGCAUUGUGUCGCUUAUCCAAUAUCUAAUAGAUCAGAGUUCGCUUUAGGAUUUAUCAGACCUGACUGA